AUGGAGAAGAAGUUAAGGAUAAAGAAGAAAGUAUGGAUGGGGAAGAAGUUUGGGAUGGAGAAGAAGUUUGGAAUGGAGAAGAAUCUACUAAUUAAGGAAGCAGAAGAAGUUAAGGAGGAUGGAGAAGAAGUUAGGGAAGGAGAAAAAGUGAAGAAUGAAGAACAAGUUAGGGAAGGAGAAGAAGUUAAGGAUGGAGAACAAGUUAGGGAAGGAGAAGAAGAAGUUAAGGAUGGAGAAGUAGUUUGGGAUGGGGAAGAAGUGAAGGAAGGAGAAGAAGUUAAGGAAGAAGAAGAAGAAGAAGUUUUGGAUGGAGAAGAAGUUAAGGGUAAAGAAGAAAGUAUGGAUGGGGAAGAAGUUUGGGAUGGAGAAGAAGUUAAGGAUGGAGAAGAAGAAGGAGACGAAGUCAAGGAAGAAGAAGUUUUGGAUGGAGAAGAAGUUAAGGAUAAAGAAGAAAGUAUGGAUGGGGAAGAAGUUUGGGAUGGAGAAGAAGUUAAGGAUGGAGAAGAAGUUUGGGAUGGAGGAGAAGUUUGGAAUGGAGGAGAAGAACCAAAGUAUGGAGAAGAAGUUAAGGAAGAAGAAGUUUAG